AUGGCGCGUACGGCGUCGGACGAUUGGGAUGCGUUUGGCGUCUUUGACGGCCCCCCGCCGCCCCCCGCCACGCACCUCACUCUUCGGCAGUAUUUGGCUCUGGUGCGGUGGGUUGGGCAGCGGCUGAAGCUGGCGGACGUCUCGUUUCGGUUCAACCUCCCGACACUGGGGGACGCGGAGGAGGAGGCCGCUGCGCUGAGUGCGUGCGGCCACCCACCCGUGUGUGUCCACUUGGCUCGCGAGGAGGGGCUCCACGCGAUGCGGCACCCGGAGUCCCUCCCCGCCGUUGCAUGCGACGAGGCGUACGCGGCGGUGCACGGGCCCCCGCACGUGCACUGUUUGUUCUGCCUGCAUGAAAGUCGGGAAAUGCACCGCCCCGCGGUCCUGCCAGAUCUGCGUGGGGACGUGCUGAGCCACUACACGCAGCAUAUGCAAAAGCGAAACGAGUGCCUGGCCCUCCUGGAGGCUGAGGCGGUGGCCCACGUGGGUGAGGCAGACUGGGGAGUGGACCUCUCGCACGCGGCGCAGCGGGAGGAGCUGGAGCGCACCGCGGAAUCCGCAGGCCGGCAUGCCUGCUUCAUCGCCUCUGCCGGCACGGCGGCCUGCCCCGUCGUUGUGGCGUACUGUGCGGCGUGUGACCAGCUGGCCCCGCUGGCAUUCUUCGCCGCCGCGGCGUCUGGCGUCGACGGCGGCGACGACAACAAAAUAGAGCCACGACAACACCUCGAGGCGGCGAGGAGCGUGGAAGAGGCUGAGACGAUCUUGGCGCGCCUCUUGCUUGCGUGUGAAGUGCUCUGUGGGCUGCAGCGCGAGCGGGCCCAGGCGGCAGGAGGGUCCACGCCUCGGGUGCAGCAGGAGACGCACAUUUUUCUGGCGACGCCCCUCCUCUUCGACGAGGCGAAGGCGGAGCUAACGGAGGAGUUCGAGAGCGGGGCGGUCGUCACGCAUUGCUCAGUCAUUCUUCCCAUGGCCACCGUGGGUGGCCCGCCGGAGGCGCCGCGUCUCUGCCUUAUGGACGAGGAAGCAACGCUGCCUUCGCUGCGGAGCCAGCUGCCGCCGUACUCCUUCACGGACGCCGUUGUGGGUUUCGCGAUGGCGUGGCCCACGCAGGCGGCCACGGACGCGAAGGUUGCGUGGGUGCUGCGGCACGACGGCGGCCUGCGGGUGCAGCGGCGGCUGGCGUACGUGGAGGACACGGACGAGUGGGUCAUUGCACGUGUGUUUUAUCGCCCCGACACCGCCCCGCUGGAGGGCUGCGGCGACGGUGGCGGCGGCAUUCGCGUGCGGAACGGGUGCAGCGUUGCCAGGAUGCUGCCGCUGACACUCCUGCAACAGUACACGUCUGGGCCCCGCUGCGAGCCGGCGGACGCGGCCACCGGCACUAGUGUCGCGACUGGUAAUAAUAAUCGUCCGCAGACGAAGUACACGCUCGACGAGGUGGAGGAUGGAGAGCUGCUGGGGUGCCCGUACGGUGCGGAGGCCAGAACCGUCCAGUUCUUCGCAGGCAUGACGGCGCUGGCCAAGGCGAUGAGGGCGGCGGCCGACCACAUGAAGGAGAAGCAGCCGUAUGAAUAA